AUGACCAACAAAAAAUUCAGAGUUAUUGUGGGCAGCGAUACUGCCGGCUACGAGUACAAGGAGGCCAUCAAAAAGGAUCUCGAAAACAAUCCGUUGAUUGAAUCUGUCACCGACGUUGGCGUCUUUGGCACAGACAAGGAGGUUGCGUAUCCCUUGGUGGCCAUCGAGUGCGCGGAGAGAAUUGCGCGGGGGGAAGCCGACAGAGGAGUUUUGAUCUGCGGCACUGGGCUGGGUGUUGCUCUGAGUGCCAACAAAGUGGCAGGGAUCCGCGCAGUGACAGCACACGACUCGUUCAGCGUGGAGCGGUCUAUUCUGUCCAAUAACUGCCAGAUCCUGUGCAUGGGCCAGCGGGUAAUCGGACUUCAACUGGCAAGAAGACUGGUCAAAGAGUGGUUUACGUACACGUUCGACGAGACAAGCGCAUCUGCGGAGAAGGUCGCCACGCUGCUGGAGUACGAACAGAAACACCUAAGUAAUCCUAUAUCGGACUAG